CCCUCACGUCGGUGCGAAAAGGUUCUUUCAAUUUGGCCCUAUAUUUCUCUCGAGCACAAUGCCCGCCCCUACGACCGGAGCCGUCAGCUCCAAGAAGCGAAAGAGCGCCAAAGAAACAACUGCCCACUCUUCCAAACGCCGGGCAGUCGCAGAAAAUGAGAGCGCAGAUGCGAUGGCCGAAAUCCAGCAGCUGGAAGAUCAAAUUUCGGAGUCGCGGAAGCACUACAACAACAUCGCCAAGCUGAUUGGGAUGCUCAACGUCGAGGGAAAUGGCCGGAAACCAAAUUUGGCGGUGGCAGUGGCCCUGUGUCGGGUCUUUAGCAGAUUGAUUGCUACUGGGGAUCUUGGAGAGACAAAUCGAGCCGCGGAAAACGAGAAGAUCAUUGCGGCUUGGUUGAAGGAGCGUCUUCGAGAGUAUCAGAAGGCUCUGGCAACAAUCAUUCGUGACAGCGAUCCUUCCUCUCAGAUCACGGCCUUGACUUUGAGUAUGCGUCUCCUUCACGAACGUGCAGCACACCUUGCUGAGGAUGAUUUGCAACUGUGGACAUCCGGUCUGUUCAAAAACAUCGUCGAGUCUGUCAUCGAAGCCAGAAAUGGAGAGACGCUGCGGUCUGAGUUCCUCGAGAAAUUUGCGAAAGAAUACGAAGACGUGAGAUACCAUAUGUUUGCGCAAAUUGCGUAUGUUGCACCUACACUCUCCAGCUGGAAAUCUUCUCUGUGAUGCUAACCAAUGCUUCAGGGAAUAUGCGGCAACAAGAAGACACUCGGACACAAUUGAAAUCCUGAUCUCCCUCCUCUCGGCCUGCGACAACGUGCCGUCCGCUGAGCACAAGUUCGAAAACUUCUACACCAAGACCAGCAAGAAGAACAAGAAACUCGUCUCGGUCAACGCACACAAGAAACGCGCCCAGGACGCCUGGAUGGCAGUUCUCCACGGCGACAUCUCCCCUUCGCAACGAAAAACCCUUCUGCGCACCAUGGUCCACUCCAUCGAGCCCUGGUUCAAUCGCCCGGAACUGCUCAUGGACUUCCUGACGGAUUCCUACAACGUCGGCGGCGCCACGUCGCUGCUCGCCCUCUCUGGUCUCUUCUACCUCAUCCAGGAGAAGAACCUCGACUAUCCCCAGUUCUACCAGAAGCUAUACUCCCUCCUCGACGCCAACCUCCUCCACUCCAAACACCGCUCCCGCUUCUUCCGUCUCAUGAACACCUUCCUCGCCUCCACCCAUCUUCCUGCCACCCUCAUCGCCAGCUUCAUCAAACGCCUCGCGCGCCUCGCCCUCAACGCCCCUCCCACCGCCAUCGUCGCCAUGGUCCCCUUCAUGUACAACCUCCUGAAGAGCCACCCCACCUGCACACUCAUGCUGCAUCGCCCGGUGCGCGACGAGACCACCAAGGCCGAGCUCGAGGCCGAGGGCAUGGACGACCCCUUCGACGCGCAGGAACCCGACCCAACCCGCACCAACGCCCUCGAGAGCAGUCUCUGGGAGAUCGAAAGCCUCCAGUCCCACUACCACCCCAACGUGGCGGCCAUCGCACGCAUCCUCGCCGAGCAGUUCACGAAGCAGAUGUACAACCUGGAGGACUUCCUCGAUUAUACCUACCAGGGCAUGUUACAGGCGGAGCUGGGAUCGGGCGAUAAGCCGUUGAAGAGAGUCCCGGUGGUGGAAUACCAAAUACCGAAGCGGAUAUUCACCGAUCGGUUGCUGGAAGAAGAUGGUGGACAGGAUACGGCUCCUGGGCAUCUGCUCAGAGGUUUGUGGGAUUUUUCUUAGACGGUUAAAAGAUACGUUUGUGCCUUCUUUUUUUAGCGUACAUAAUUACCUAGAUUUGUUUUCUCUCUCUCAGACAAAUAAAAGCAAUUUUUAUCCUUUGAUGUUAUAUACCUGCACCAGGCCCGGAACAAAACACAGUCAAGCAGUGAACCAUUAUUAAUUAUUCCCAUAGUAGGUGACUAGUAUUCUUUCCUAUGCUAACCUGAAAAGUCAGGAAUUAAAAGGUCUAUCUAAUUAAAAAGGGUAACACGAAGUAAUGUAUCGCCGGCAAAUAAAA